AUGGCCUCCAAGAUGACCGAUCUCAUGAACCUGGUGUCCCAGAACCAGCCCAAGUUCCAGACCCAUCAGGCGCUUCUUGCCAUUGGCCUGCAAAACGACUUUGUUUUGCCGGACGGACGCCUUCCGGUAAACACCUCGACCGGUUUUCUCGACCGCAUCCAAACUCUGGUACCCAAGUUUCGCGAACUUAGCGGCAAUGUUAUAUGGGUCCAGACGCUCUACGAGGCAGACCGUAUCGCCACUGGAGCAGAUACGGGCGAGGGAGACGCGCUUGUUGUGGGUGGAUUGAUCGACGGUGAUGAGAGCGGCCCGGAGGCUGGCGAUGACGACUUGGCAAAAGAGGCGGCCUCGUUACCUGCGCAGUCAAAGUCAUCAAAACACAAGCAACGCGCCCUCGACUUGCUCAAGCGCGUAUCAGCGCGGAGAAAGACGCUGCCAAAAGAGAUCGCAAAGGCUUCAGUCGAAGAGGAUGACGAGCUAUUCUUAUUGAAGAGCGAGAAGCGGACGCCAGCAUGUGUGCCCAAGACACCCGGUGCUGAGUUUAUCGAUUUCGUUACUCAACAGAUGGAGCUGCCGGCAGAUGCAGUAAUUCGGACCACUAACUACUCUGCUUUUCAAGGUACGAAUCUGCUGAUUACACUGCGCGCAAGGCUUGUUACAGAACUCUUCAUAUGCGGGUGUAUCACAAAUGUCUCUGUAUUGGCAACUGUCAUUGAUGCAGCUCGACAUGGGAUCAAGAUUUGCGUCAUUGAAGACUGUCUGGGUUUUCGUAAGCAAACCAGGCAUGAGCUGGCAUUGAAGCGCAUGGAUGACUUUUUCGAUGCAUACCUAGUGAAUAGCGAGGAAAUUCUUGAAAAAGACCCAGCAGAGAUACCACAGAAGUCGGAACUGUCUUGCAAUGGUGCAAAGAGUGAUUUAAAGCAAAACGAGAAGACGGUCGAGGAUUUGUUAGCCAAAAUGUCUUUGGGUGAAAAUGGUAAAGCGUUGUUGGAGAAGGAAUUACGGCCAGAUGAGAAGCCGGUCGCUGAGCAAAACAAACAGCCUACUGACCAGGAGUUUGCUGAUAUGCUGGUCAAGGGUGCAACGGUGCCUGGUGCGCAAGAGGAGAAGCCGAAGUUGGUCAAAACCAAGAUAAGGAUGAGGUCUGGGAAAACGAAGAAGAAGAAAAAGAAGGGUAAAGAAGGAGAGCAAAAUGAUGAUGAUGAUGCAGAUAUCACUGCCGAGCCCAGCGCGUCUGCAACCUCCGACAAAGUUGAUUCGACCCCAAUCACGGACAGUGCAACUUCGAAAUCUACUAGGGCACCAGCAGAUACUCAACGCACCUCGCAAAUCACCAAAGCAGGAAGUGCCGCGGACUUGCGUGGAAAGGAAGUCAGACAGCAUGUGUUGAAAAAUGCAGCAUCCGUGCCAUUGCUUUCGGCCAUGUGUGAAGAAAAGGAUAAGAAUAGACUAUCAGGGUUUUCGGAUCGAGUACGCAUGUCACUUUCCAGAGGGCCCAAAUCGGAUUCCGGACCUGAUGCGAAACGAGGCUCAGCUCCUUCUUCAAAGGCAGCUUCGACGAUUUCGAAACAAGAUGAGAAGGAAAUCCAGCAGGCCCUUGUGGAGAGUGGAAAGCCAGCUUCCGUGUCACAGUCAGAGUCGCCUGCCGUUGAGCCGCUACGAAAUGAGACGCUGCCAGUAACAUCUACAACAACGCCUGUUGAGGAAACAGCGAAAGCUCCAACCAAGAGUAAAUCUUCAAAGCUAAAGUCACUCGCCAACUUGCCUGUCCUUGGACCUGGAGAUGAAAUCGCAGAAGGCGACUCAAGGAUUAUACACAACUUCUUUCCAAGCGAUCUCUGUCACUCCUCCGAUCCAUCUCAACCACUAAAGGACCUUAUAUUUGGACAGCUCUAUAACGAAGUACGAUGGCAGAAAAUGCUACACCAGCAGGGCGAAGUACCACGUCUCGUGUGCUGCCAGGGUACAUUUGGAGACGAUGGAUCCAUGCCCGUUUACCGUCAUCCAGCAGAUCAAACUCUCCCACUUUUGCGUUUCUCGCCAAAGGUGCAACUAAUACGGAAGCAAGCUGAAAAGCUCGUAGGACAUCCACUGAAUCACGUCUUGAUCCAGCUCUAUCGAUCGGGUAACGAUUUCAUAUCUGAACAUUCGGACAAGACUCUCGACAUUGUUAAAGGCUCUUCUAUUGUCAACGUGAGCUUUGGAUCGCAACGCACUAUGCGUAUUCGCAGAAAGAAACCGCAAUUGAAGAAGGAUGAGACUUUGGUGGAAGACAGCGCUGUUGCCCAGCGCGAGACCCAGCGUGUGCCUCUACCACACAACUCCAUGUUUGUCCUUGGACUCGAAUCAAAUAAGAAAUGGCUUCACGCUAUCCAGCCGGACAAGCGCCUGGCUUCCGAACGCAGUGAGGCGGAAACGAGCCACAAUGGCAUACGCAUCAGCCUGACGUUUCGCAACAUUGGCACCUUUCUCGACGCAAAGGAAUGCAUAAUAUGGGGCCAAGGUGCAACAGCCCGAGAGCAACGUGACGCAGCAGACGUGAUCAACGGCAACGAAGAGGAAGCCAAACGCGUCAUCACAGCAUUCAGCCGCGAAAACCAUGACCCAGAUUUCGAUUGGGACGAAUGGUACGGCGAUGGCUUUGACACUCUCCAUCUUCAAACCCCACCAAAAGACACCCCCCUCCUCUUCGCCUCCAACAGCCCCAUCGAGACUCGCCAAGUCCAAAUUGCCCUCGCAGAAUGCAAAAUCCCCUAUUCGCUCCUCGAAGCACCGGCAACAGACAAAACGUACGAACGGGACCGCCAGGUUACGUUUCGCGACACAGACACGCAUCACACAGAGAUUCACACCCCUUUUUCCAUUUUACUCUACCUCGAUCGAUACCAUCCGAUCGAUACCUCACCUUCAUCCCACUCUGUAACCGCAUCCGCAUACCUGGUUAUGCUUGUCACCGCCGAUAUCACGAAAACAUGGCUUUCCCGUGCCAAUUCACCGACAGAAACGGUAUCCGAGCUUGAUGCUACUCUUUCUUCUCUACUCCUGCGAUUAGAGGAUGGGUUCGAAAUGCAUGCUGGGCCGUAUAUAGCCGGGGCUAGGUUUAGUGUUGCGGAUUGCUUUGUUUGGCCUGUUGUUGAUGCGUUGGUGGAAGACUGGAAUGGGUGGAGUGCAGAGAGGUUCAAGGGUUUGGAUGCGUGGUAUAGGGCUUGUUGGAAGAAGAAGGCGUGUGUUAAGAAGGUUCGGGAGAAGUUGGGAGCAUAG